CCCGACACAUGGUUAUUCAUCGGACAGAAAAAGAAAAAGAGUCAGUGUUCUUGCUUAAAAAAAAAAAAAAAUCACAUUUCUGACAUAGUGUGAGAGUGUGAGUACAUUGCGGAAGACAGGCGGAGAUAUUUCUUCCGAAGAAGAGCUUUGUGUUGCCUGUCUGGCUUCUGUGCCACUGUGAGCAAGAGAGAGGCACGAUGAAUGAGCAGGAGGAGGCCGGGCGCCUUGCCUUUGAUAACCAGGAGACUUUUCAGGACCUGUGGAACUCGGUGUCUGUUCCAGGUGGUGAUCAGAACUGGAAUAGUCUGGAAAGUUACCUGCUACAGGGCCAUCUCCAGGAGGAGUUUGACGAACAGCUGUUUGAUGUGCCUGCGACCCCAGCACCCCAGCCCUCUGUGUCAGCCUUGGACAGUGGCGCCCCCCCUUCCUCAACUGUCCCCACCACCACUGACUACCCAGGGGUUUUGGGCUUCCAGCUGCGUUUCCAGCAGUCUAGCACUGCUAAAUCAGUGACUUGCACGUAUUCUCCUGAUCUGAACAAGCUAUACUGCCAGCUGGCCAAGACAUGCCCGGUGCAGAUGCUGGUGGACAGCCCCCCUCCCCCCGGCGCCCAGCUGCGAGCCACUGCAGUCUACAAAAAGUCUGAGCACGUGGCUGAGGUGGUGCGCCGCUGCCCUCAUCACGAGAGGACCUCCGAAAACAACGACGGCUCCACCCCGCCUAGUCACCUGAUUCGUGUGGAGGGUAGCCAGCGCACACAGUACGUCGAGGACAGCAACACCCUGAGACACAGCGUCCUGGUGCCCUACGAGCCUCCACAGCUUGGUUCAGAGUGCACCACUGUCCUCUAUAACUUCAUGUGCAACAGCAGCUGCAUGGGGGGCAUGAAUCGCAGGCCCAUCCUUACCAUCAUCACACUGGAGACGCAGGAGGGGCAGGUUUUGGGACGUCGCUGUUUUGAGGUCCGGGUCUGUGCCUGUCCGGGCCGUGACAGAAAGACAGAGGAAGAUAACUUCAGGAAGCUGCAGGAGAAGACUGCUGACAAGGCAUCAACUGGGACUAAACGGAGCUUCAAAGAGACUUCCCAGUCAGCACCGCGCCCUGAAGGAAGCAAGAAGACCAAGUCGAGCUCCAGCAACGAGGAAGAGAUCUUCACUCUGCAGAUCCGUGGAAAGGAGAGGUAUGAGAUGCUGAAGAAGAUCAAUGAGAGCCUGGAGCUGAAAGACCUGGUGCCGGCGGCUGACCUGGACAAGUAUCGGCAGAAGCUGCACUCAAAAAACAACAGCAAGCGAGAGAAGGAACGUGAUGGAGUGGAACCUAAGAGAGGGAAAAAGCUGCUUGUGAAGGAGGAGAAGAAUUCUGACUCUGACUGAAGAAGAAAAAAAGAAAAGAAACAGGAGUGGUUCCCACCUCAUUACUGUCAAAGGAAGGUUUUAGAUUUCAUAUACGGGGGCAAAAACUCAGUGGGACACUGCGAAAAUCUGUAUUGCAUGAUCAUUUGUAGUGACAUAAAAAUAGCGUACUGUGUAGUUCCCUUCUGCUAUGUAGUUGCCGUCAUUGAUGAAUAUUCAACUGUAUUUUAGUUAACAUGUCUGCCAUGAAAGUGAAGCUCUUUAGUGGAAGCCUACUGACCUGCCAAUCCAUGUUUUCGGCUGCAAUUAUUUCCCUCACGUUACUUUACAAAUGGUCCUCUGAGAAAAUGUUUGGAACAGAUGCUCCUCCCUCCUCCUCUGUUUUUUUUUUUUUGGUCUUUUUUUUUUUUUAAACUUCUGCAGGACCAAUGUGUUUGUUGGAUGGUGAUAAUUGAUAAAGUGUGUUUAUUUUGCUGAAUUGUUGUGGAGGAGUUGGUUAGCCUGCAAGCUAGCAGUUAGCCUGAGUAUGAUCCAUUGCUUUAUAGGUUUAUUUCAUGGGCUCAGUGAGGUUUAGCGGUUCAGCCUUGCAGGUCUUACUACAGUCGCACCAAAGUCGAAAUGUGAUCUGUUUGUCCCUUUGUGAAGACCUUCAGUCUAAGAAAGUGCUGUACUGGUAUGAUGGUCUUCCUAAUGCAGUGCUACUUUCCUGCCACGGAUGCAGUUUCUCUUCAUCAUUCUUCCUUACUCAUCUCUCAUGCUUUCUGAGACAUGAGUGGCUAUGAUGGAGCACUCAUCUGUCACUAUGUAUAUUUUUUAUUUUCCAUUUUGUAUUUUUCUACUUUUUUUAAUUUCAGUAUGUAGUUUGUA